AUGCCAAAAUACGCCAAGUUUCUCAAAGAGCUUCUAAAUAAUAGAAGGAAGAUGGAGGAAGUGAAGGAAGUAGUUCUUAAUGAGAAUUGCUCAGCAACCAUGUUAAACAAGCUACCGAAGAAGAAGGGUGACCCGGGAAGCUUAACUUUGCCUUGCCAAUUUGGGAAUUUGGCCACCAUUCCUGCUUUGGUUGAUUCGGGAGCAAGUGUGAAUCUCAUGCCUUAUUCAUUUUUCAAGAAAUUAGAUCUCCCGGAACCAAGGCCAAUUCGAAUAGCAAUACACUUAGCAAAUAAAACAGUCACAUUUCCAUGA